GUUCCAAAUUUUCGUUUCUUGGACUCUCACUGGGAUAUCUCUGGGUGGAACGUACAUGUUGUAAUGCACAACUCAAACCUGGACUUUGCGGUCGGUGCGUGUGGCGUGCAGCAUGUUACCCGUAUUGUGCCGCACGUGUUCUCAGCUCUGCUCGGUUCUGCCCCUCUGGUGCAGUACGUGCAAUGCCGUGUAGCGCGUAUCAUACAACUAUGUGUAUACCCUGCCGACGAACGAGGUGCACUCACGGAGAUGAUACUGGAAUUGCGUCGUCUUGGGUAUCCCUACCGUGCGAUCGCAUACGCUAUGUGCCGCGUACGCCCGCACAUGCACACGAACACGUUCAAGAAAAUGCGGAAACUCACUAUUACUUUCGGCAAACAAAUCGGGUGAUCAUUCAGGUGUUGGGCCCGUUUUCUUAGUGUACCACAUCAUGUUACUCCAUUUUGUCGUGUUCGUUUUCGUCAAUGAGCUUUCUACGUAUUGUCGUCUCCUACAUGUGUAUGUUCUUCUCCCUGUACUUCUACCUCUAUUCCCUCAUCGUCGAUCUUGUGUGACUGGCACUACUACUGAGCAGCUGUGAGAUACAUAACGACACGGAACGUAUCUUCCGUGUAUGGGCACAUCGGCAACGCGAGUAAUACACAUAUGGGCAACAUUCAUAUCACCCAACUGUUUGGACUAUUGCUCAACGGCACCUUUGUGUUCAUAAUCUGUGCGUUUGUCCUCAAGGGUUUUUUCUGGCACGCGUACUGUCUGCCCGCCCAUAUCGAUCCUCGUCGACAUGGCCGGCUGGUGGCGUUCGCAGUGGGACGGACAGCGCGGUGGCUACCAGUCCGGCUGGGGCAGCGGCGGGUCAGGCGGACCUUCGGGCGACCGCCCCUUCCAGUACGGCCUUCUGGAGGGCCUCACCAGGGCGGACAUCGAGUCGUUCAAGGCAGCCAAGCGGCAGGAGGGCCUCAAGGACGCGGUUCGCGAGGUUCUACGUGAGACGCAGGGUGCGGACGCCUCUCGCCACGCUCCUGCCCCCAAGACUGACUUGGAGCAGCUCUUGUCUCUGGCCACUCCGCAGCGCCAGACUCCCAGCCUGCAGGGGGGCGGCGCGAGCUCGGCGGGCCCUGCGGCUCCCCCGAGCGCCGCCGCCGUGGCAGAGGCUUUGGCGGCGAACCCAGAGUUCCUGAGGGCUGUCGGCGGUGGUAAGCGGGCGGAAGCUGCGCCGCCAGCAGCGGCGCCUACAGCCAAGAAGGGGCGCUAUGACGUGAAGAUGUCGGAGAGGGCGGUGGUGCCGCCGAGCACGGCCAUCGUCGUGGCCAACACCUUCGGUUUCGCGGUGCCGGCCGGCCAGGUCACGGCGCUGCAGCUCGUGCAGGCGGUCCUCGGGAAGAAGGGCUCCCAGAAGAAAGUUGCGCAGUACCUCAAGGACAACGGCCUCCAGGAGAAGUGCCACGGGAAGUCCGCGGAGCAGAAGGCGAGGGCGGCCGUCCUGCACCUGGCGGAGAGUUUCCUCGCACAGCUUCGUGAGGAGAGCCGCGAGGAGCAGGAGCCGGAGGUGCCCCCGCCGGUGCGCCUGUGACUGGACUCUGCCAUACCGCCCACUGUGCCACCAGGGCGGCUGCAUGUCCUGCUGGACUUCCUGGUGUGGUUUGUGCCACGGUUCUGCUUAGCUUGCUUGGGUGUGGCAGCUCUGCACUACCUGCUCCCGUGGAUCCUGCAAUGUCUGUGCGAUUUGGCAACUGGGUUAUCACAGCCAUUUAGCGUGGAGAACAUGCCGGAAGCACCGUGGCAGAUGCAAUACCCAAAUGCAGCCAUGCAUGUCUUCGAUGCCCGGGGCGGGGGCCCCCCCCCGGCAGAGUCCUACAGCUACCAUCAGCUACCAGCACCAGUCCUCUCUGCCGUACUUCGCCUACCUUUGCGGAGGCUGCGUCCUGAUGGGUGUCGGGCCUUUCUUCCGCUUCCUGUUGGCUACAGGUACGUCUUUCCUGGCAUCGGCGUUUCAUCGGCACCUGUUGGGGCACGGUGCCGUCGAGGGUAACUACCGUGGCGGUGCAUACUCAAGCCCCUAUGGGAUGUGGCAUCCACCCGGCUAUGCCUGGCCAUACCCUGGCGGCCACACCAAUGUGAUGAUGUACCCUCCAGUGCAAACCGGAUCGCCGGCGACGGCGUCCCCGAGGCUUGGGUGGUGAUCUGAUUUUGUGAGCCGGGGUUAGCUCUGCAUAGGCCUAGAGGUGUCGAAAGUAUAGGGGCUUCCAGUGCCGCCCUUCCCCCCUCCCCCUCUUCCCCCUUUCCCGUCCUCUUUUUCCCCCCCGCCCGUCUCCCAGUGCGACCCGGGAAGGGGAUCAUCUUUUGAAUGUGUUUUCGUCCCCCAUGGGUUCAGCAUUUCAUAUGUGCAUUUCUUGCAUGCGUGCUCUUGCACUUCUCAGGCCACGUUGCGGGAGUCACGGAUUAGCUGAAUUUCGCAUCUUCGUGCCUGUGUCUUGCAUGCGUGUUGUUGCAAUUCAUGAGUCGCGUUGUUGAUGCAAUGUCAGGGGCAUCUCUGCGCGUGUCUGCAUUUAGCCUCAAGGUUUAGGCUGGCGCUCAAGGGGCCAGAUUUCCCGCACACCCGGGUGGGUCUUGAGGUGAGAAGGAGCGCUUUCUGUAGCCGCUCAGGAAAAGAGCUUGGA